AUGGCGAAUGCCAUCAUCAGGGUAGUCAAGUCCGUGGUCAAGUCCGCCGAGGAGUGGAGGCGCCAGGCGCACAUCCUGAUCCCCGACGAUCCCAUCUCCGUCACAGAGGCUUGGGACAUGAUCACCCGAGUCCUCACUGGUGGUCGGGCGUCGGACGCGACGAGGGGGAGCCCGCGCAGGAUCGCAGCUGUACUUCUUCUGGAUGACUUCCUGUUCGAGCUGGAGAAGCGCCGUGCAGCUUUCUGGUGGAGGAGGCUUGCAGUCGCGGGCGGCGUCUCCGUCGUCAUCAUGACCUGGGGUGUGGGUGUGUUCGCCCUUGGGGAUGACGGAGAGGAGGAUCUCCCCCUUCCUCCAGCUGGGCUUGCCAUGGUGGAGAUGCUGGCGGCACUACCACAAGCCAUCCCCGCCGCCGCCUUCCAGCAGAUCAUCCUGUGGGGCCGCACCAACCUCAGGGCGGUCCUUCCUCCGCCGUCCCUCCCAGGUCUCCUCCUGCUCCCGUACAUGGACUACGUCCCCGCCGCCCCACGCCCCGCUCCCGCUGACUUGGCUGCCCCCACCCAUCCGCUCGUGCUCUGGGGCCUCGUCGCGGGGUUGGAUCUGCGCUCCCUGCCGCGUCUCGCUCCGCCGCCGCCCUCCGCUCCCAUCUGCUCACCUGAUAUGGCGCCCGGAGCAGCCACAGCACACUGACGGCUUCCCCGUCGGUAGGUGUUCGGCAAGCAGAAGGUCGAGCCCGUGGUCAAGGAUGAGACUCAGGAGGGGGCCAAGCCGGCAGCAGUUGAGUCUCGCUGAAGGGGCCGGUCGUCUUUUUUGGGGAAACAGCCAAUGUAAUAAAUGAUCUUGGGCAUGUUCUACGGUGGCGAAAACUUGGGACUUUUUUGGUCUCGUCAGAAACUAGUAUCGUAUUAUAUCUUGCUAGCUGUUCGAAGUAGUGGUGUGAGCAUCAUCGAUCCAGUAACUCGUCAUGAAUACAAUGUGUUUCUGCAUCUUCUUAGAAUGUGAACCUUAAUCUGCCUGAAAUGGAAUGGUUAAUGAGGCCAUUUGAGAUGGUUUGCCAUUGUUGCU